UCAAAAACGUGCAUGUAUGAUGCAGUACGGCGGCGGCACGUCAGGGAUGCUCCUCGCGCCGGCGCUGGGGAGCGUCCGGUUCGAGUACACCCCGCUGUCCACCUACCGCGAUUCGAUCCGGAGAGUCGCCGUCUCCGGCGGCCUGUGCAGGUCGGCGCAGUUCUUGCCCCCGAGCAGAGACACUGCGGCGGGAGAAGGGAGCAGCUACUCCGGGUCGAGCGGUAGCUCGGCCUCAAGUCCGGCCUCAGAUGCAUCGGCCCGUUGCUCUCCCCGGUCCUUGUCCUUCUCCUCCGACGGCGACCUGUCCUUCUCCGACUGGUGGGUUGCAGCCCCAGACUGGGUCCAGGAGCUCCGGGCCAUCGCGCUGCAGAUGGUCCAUGACGGCUACAUGAAGGACCUGAUCCGAGCGUUCGGCGGUGGCCGCUCGUUUGGCGCACUACGAGCUCCUCCCGGGUGCUGGUUCCGGGAGCUGGACGUGGAGUGGGUUCUCCAUAUUGGGAAACAAGGAGACAUAGUGCAGCUGCAGCUGCAGCUGGAAGACGGAUGCGCCUCCCUCCAAGAUUUGAUGGAGAGGUGGAUCAAAGCUCUCAAGACCAUGGUGCAGGUGCUCUGCAUCACGCAGCUGGAGCUCCGUGCCAAGAGGCCGACCGUCGGCGGGGUCAAGAAGUCCAUCCAGCACUUCCUGCUGCUGGCCACCGGAAAAAUGGCGGAGCGCGAUCAGGAGGUGUCACAGUUCACGCGGUUUGCCGAGGCGAGCAUCCUCAGGAUGCUUGCCUUCGUGGACGCCGUGGCCGCCGCCGCUCUGAACGACCACCAGGCGCCGGAGACGCUCCCGGGGAUGCUGCAGGUGUACACCUGCAUCGUGGAUGACUCACCGACCGUCCUGGCCUUGUUCAAAGAAGCGUCCAGCACCUCCAUGUUCGACGCCAUGAACGCUGUCUUCCUGCAGAAGAGGAACAAGCUGAGCGACGCCAUAUGGAGCAUGAUGGAGAAAGUCAGAGCUUCCUUCUUGAGAGACGACCGCUGGCGAGUCUCGCCGGAGGUCGGGGGAGUCCACAAGACCACCAGGUUGACGAUGAACUACAUCAUGCUGUUGUCGCGCAACGAAGGUGCGCUCAAUUUCAUCCUGCAGGACCUACACCGCUUCGAAAUGCUCUUGUCCAAACCUGAUUACUACUCAAGCUCGGUUCUCAACCUCAUCAAGGAUAUGAUAUCCUGCUUGGAGAAGCAGCUCGAGAAGACAUCAAAUUUUAUCUCUGAUCCCGGACUCCGGUACAUAUUCUUGAUGAACAAUUGCAGCUUCAUCUGGCAGAAGGUUUCAUCCUUGCUCCUGCCGUCCUGGACUCCGAUCGAAGAUUACAAGAUCCAGACGUCCAGAAAGCGAGAUUCCAGGGAAAGACUUACUCCAAUGGAGGACUAUGUUAACCAACCAGAUCCGAAUCUUGCGCAACAAAUUGAAACAGAUUCGAAUAUGGAUGGCCUAGUCAGGAUCCAGAGCUACAUAGGAGCUUACCUCGAUGCCUCUUGGGAGCCAGUGCUGUCUUGCUUGUACCAUGACAUACCUCACUGUUUCCAGAGAUGCGGUGGGGUGCUGGCAAAAUUCGAAUCAGAAUUCGAAAGAACUUACGCCACGCAAAAGCUGUGGAAGGUUCCAAACCCUGAGCUUAGAAAGAGAUUGCGCAAAGCCGUCAUCGAGAAAGUCAUUUCAGGUUACAACAAGUACUUGGCGGAUCGAACGGAGAGAGGGAAGAGCAAUAGGCCCUCCACAAGGACUCCCCAUGAAUUGGAGGAGCUAUUGGAAGAGCUGUUCGAAGGAUGAUGUCGUUUGUGUUCACUUGUGCGCCUAAAGAAAUUCCAAAAAAAAAAUCAGUGAUGUAAGUACAUGUUGGAGCACUCGACUCGCAAAAUAUCUUAAAAAUUAUGAUAUACUGUUAAAAUAAUGAAAUUUGCUAUUUAUCUGAUGACAUAUUUUAUUGUUCAAAA